GGUAUACUCAUUUUAUUUCCUCUUUUUUGGCUGUUGUCCAAUACAAAUUGCUUUUACCUGCAGAAAAUAGAAUAUAAGCUUCUCGAAAUAUAAAAACCAUAGUGAGUACUUGUAUGAAUUUCAACAGAAUGGACGACUUGGUGAAUAACAAAAUAGGGGUUAUAGUGCAAGCUACUUCAGCUGUAGUAGUUUAGGUGAAUAACUUUCUUUAUUGACUUGACGCAUAAAGGUUCAAGUAUAUAACAAUAACAUAUGAUUCCUCGAAUUGUUAUAUUGUAUAGUGAAAACUAAAUCAUGUCAAUAAACUCCUUGUCUUCUGCGGAAAUAUUUUCUUAAUGAGAACUCUUACUGUAUAAUAUUGUCAUUAAUGAAUUUGGAUAUAUCUUAAUUAUUUUGUAUUAUACUCCCUCCUUCCUGCCAAGCUGAUUGGAUUCCAGUGAUCAAUUUUUCUCUACUCCCCACCAUUUCAGUUUGACAGCAAAUAUUGUUCCUUGGGAUCCCUGCCUUGAAACAUAUCUAUGAUGCAGGUGUCCAAUUCAGACACAAAAGAGGACAUAAGACUAGCUUUCCGCUGAGUAAUUGAUCGUAUUGCGCAGGAUCUAAGCUUUUUUUCUUCUUAAUCCUUAACUAUUAAUCGAGAAUUCUAGAAAUUCCUGUUUGCUACUUUACACACCACUAGAAAGGCCUCAAUUUGACUCUUCCUAAGUGGAAUGGACAUGCCAGUAUUCUUUAACCAAGUAGAAUAAAGUUUAUUUGCGGUAGGGUCCCUUGUCUUCCUAUAGCCACUAAACUAUAUUAGCACCUCAUAUUAGCCCAUGAAAUUGAUGGGUGAGCAAGAGUGAUUUAGCUAUCAAAACCAAGCUGCAAUUAUGGGCAGCUAUAAACUGGAAACAUAACCAGAUACACCCAUAAAAGCUGCAUGUGAACAUUGAAUACUAAAAAGAAUUAUGCUACCUUAUCAAAUAGUCAUGAGAUAAUGCUAGGAGGGAAAGUUGAUUAAUUGAUUCUCCUUUUCAUUUAGCUUUUCAUCAGUGCGCACUGUAAAGUGCAGAAAAUACAGGGAAGAUGAGAGACUGGGCUUCAACGCUCAUAGCUUCAGCCCUAUUUGCCUUCCUCCAACCAGGUUUGAUCAUCCAAGUACCCGGAAAGCAACAAUCAGUCGGUUUCAUGAAUAUGAAGACCAGUGUUGCAUCCAUCCUUUUCCAUGGUGUUAUCUAUGGUUUGCUCCUUAUGUUAUUCCUUGUAUUCCUUGACAUCCAUCUCUAUGUUUAAGAAGGCAGCAGAUGUUUUAAUGAAAUAGUAUGGCUUAUAGUAUACAUAUGGAGGGAAGGGUGGGAAUUUUUUUUUUCUUUCUCUUUCUAAAACGGAAUUCUUGUUAGAUUGUGUUGCUCUGUUUCAGCACCAUUUCUGCAUAAGUAAAAGAUCAAAUUGAUGAUGUACUAUUCUGUAAGAUUCUAUUAUCUUGAGACUUCUAUCUUAUGAAAAACUAUUUCCAUA